CACUCAUAUGAGUUUACCAAGUAAAUAAUAAUUUAAAAAAUUAUUUUUUUGUCGAAUAAUGGAACCAUUAAAAAAACGGCAUAAGGAUGAAAUAGAAAAGUUUAAUUCCUUUAACAAAGAUCAUCAAAAAUAUAUUGAUAUUAAAAAACAAUUGGGUGGCCAAUUAAAUGAAGUUGAAUCUGUACAUGAAGAAUUAAAGUUGCUUAACACUGAUAACACUGUUUACAAAGCAAUUGGACCUGUUUUGGUCAAGCAAGAUCUCAAAGAAGCAAAGGAGACUGUGGCAAAGCGUAGAAAUUAUAUUAAUGAUCAGAUAAAAAGGAAUGAUGAUCUGAUCAAGGAAAUUGAGAAUAAACGAAAGGUUCAUGAAGAUAACAUCAAAAAAACUGAGAAUCAAAUUCAGCAAUUGCAAUUAAAAGCUGCAAUGAAGGCUUAAAUAUUUAAAUAUGCAAAUCAGUUUUUAAAUUGUAUAAUAAAAGUUGUUAUAGAUUACGAAAUAUAUAUAUACAAUUUUUCUAAUAAUAUAUAUUAACGCAAUAAAAUAUAUCUUAUACAGAUAAUUAAACAAUCUUAUGAACUUCCUGCUCAAUUUAAACAAAUUUUACAUUUAUAAGUAUAUUAUAUUUUGAUGUAUAUUACAUUUGGUGUGGCAUAUU